CCAAACCAACCCUCCUACCCAAGUCCCAACCAAACCAUCGCAGAAAACAUCAAAAUGAAGCUCAUCACAAUCCUCCUUCCCCUAAUCACCACGGCCACGGCCACAACCACCUGCUACCCGGGCGCGCCCACCAGCGAAGGCACCAACUGCCUGAGCAAGCUGUCGAUCAAGAACUUCUGGUCGCUGCAGUACUGCAACUACCGGUGGAACGUCAACUACGGGGACUGGGACAAGUGGAUCAGCAACAACGCCAGCCACGUGGAGCGCGGCCGGGUGGCCAAGACAGGGGUCUUCGGGGGCAUGGAGGAGUGCUUGGAUGCCUUCAAGGAGGUCGUCGAGCCGUGCUACGACACCGCGCAGGGGGCGUACCUGACGACGGCGAAUGUGAGCUUGGAGGUGAAUUGGUGUCAGUGGUGAUUUUCCUCUCACUAUAUCAAGGGGAACUUGGAGUUAUGGGGGGGAAUUGGGGGCUGGGGGUCGUGGGGGUUGUUGAUG